GUACAUAUGGCCCACAAGCUGUCUCGUUUUAAUAGACGCAUAAAGAAGAUUUUGUGUGCGUUUGGUGCAAUAUUAAAAUUACACAGCCGCAAAAUCUUAUGUGGCUUUUAUUCAGCAUAAUGCCAGUCGAAACACUUCUAUCUGUGCAACAACAAAUAGGCACUAUUAUUAAAAGAUUCAAAUUCGAAGAAUUAGAAUCAGCGGUAAUGCCUAUUUUUCCUGAACUGUCUUGGCAUAAUAUAAAAUCCGAAUUAGUCAAAUGUCAUAGUACUUUCACCUCGGCUAAUGUAGUUCAACUUAUGAAGAAAACUAUAACUGAAAGAAGAUUAAGGGAGAAGAAUCUAAAAGAUCGUUUAAUCACAUUACAAUUAAUUGACAUUAGUUGGCACAGUAACAAAAAAACGUGGUAUGGGUAUUCGUUAAAAGGUUCUGUGAAACCUCUAAAAUAUUUCAAACCAAGAAAUAUUGAACAAAACCUGCAAAACUAUUGUGAAUUUUCAGAUAUAGAAAUGAAUGUUAAAGCAUAUGCACACAAUGGCAUUAUAUAUGUUUCAUUUAAUGCACUAGGAAAAAGUGCCACGCGUAGAAGACGUAGGAUUCAGAAUGUAAAUCCUAUUGUUUUUGCUUUAUUUUUAGGCCAAACAUAUUUUUUUAUCAACAAACAGAAUGUUAAAGAUACAGUGUUAAACGCAGUAGUAACGGGUAUGGGAUAUAACAAAAGUGAACAAAUUAAUCUAAAGGGCAAAAAUCUGAAAUCAUUAAGCAAAAUGUGUUGGCAAAAAAAAGAAGGAGCAUUAAAUUAUGAAAAUAUUAAUGAUACUGUGAAAUACAAAAAUACCAGUCCAGAGAUAAAAGCCACCGGUAUAGAUUUUACUCAGCAUAGACAACGAAAAAAAUUUGCAGAAGAAUGCUUCGGAGACAAUCCUGCCACUUUAGAAUUACUUGUUAUAAAUGGGUCCAGUAAGUCUUUUGUGCAUGAAGAGGUGGCUACAAAAUUAGCGGAUGAGACUAUGCGCGCAACGUGCGAGUUCCGUGGUCCUAAUAUCGCCGUAUUAUUAACGAAGUUGAUAGAACGUCAAAUAAUUAAUAUGCCUGUACCAUAUUAUAUAUCAAAUUUUAUGACUUUAGGUGAAAAUGAAUUCGUAAUUUCAAAUGGUUGA